CAGUGCAUAUCCUUCUAUAUACAUUUAUCUCUACCUAUUUUUUCUUGAGUACAGUUUGGGGGUUCUAGGUAGCCUUGCACCAAUGGCGACAACUUUGAAGUCCUCCAUCAUCUUCUCUGCUAGUGUAUUCAUGCUCCUUUCCAUGGCCAUAACCGCUAAGGCCAAUGUCUCUAGCGGUGCAAGGGCCAAGGUGACCAACCUAAUGAUGCAAGCAUGCAAGAAUGCAUCAGCCUACAGUCGUGAUGGCGACCUCCGUAGCGUCACACAGGAAUUUUGCUUAUCGACCCUGCAAUCGAACGAUCGGAGUGUUGAUGCUAAGGACCACCUUGAACUGGUGCUCAUCACGAUUGACAUCCUUAAAGGCCGCCUCACUACUGCAACUCGCAAUGUCGAGAAAAUGCUAGAAUAUUCUAAGAAAGGCACAAUGACUGCACGUGACCUCAGUUUAUGCAAUGAGCACUAUGAUACCACAGUGAAAAUCAUCAACAUGUGUGAUGCCAUGGUCAUGGACUAUCGAGCGGACAAGGGCGGGAUAAAGCCCUUUCAGCUUCCUCGUUGUGUUGAUAGAGCGGGCUUCCCCGUCUACGAUUGUAGGAUCAUUAUGCUCAUAGAUAUGCCAUGGGCGGAUGCCCUGAUAAAUGAAAAUGUUGAAAUGACCAUGCUGGUCAACCUCAACUAUGCCUUGCUAGCACCAUAUGAUGGUAAUGCUUAAUAUAGUGCUUGUUUUGUAUGUGACAAAUGAUGUUGUAGCGACAUCAAUGUUAGUUUCAUUUUGAAUAAUAAAAGUUCGGUUGUCACCUUUCUUUUA